AUGGAAGCAUGGGUAUACAUUGAAAUUGCUCUAAUGGUAGCAUUUCUUUGGUUUUACUUCCUUUCUUCUUUGAGAAAGGAUAAAAGGCUUCCAUGGAAUUGGCCAUUUCUUGGUAUGUUUCCAAGGCUUCUCAAAUAUGUCAGCAGGCUUCAUGAUAGCUGCACUUAUCUAGCUUCCAUUUCAGGAGGUACUUACUUGUUCAAAGGUCCAUGGUUUCUUGAUAUGGACAUGUUGCUAACUGUUGAUCCUGCCAAUGUUCAUCACAUCAUGAGCGAGAACUUUAAGAAUUAUCCCAAAGGGCCUAAAUUCAAGCAGAUGUUUGAUGUUUUGGGAGAUGGUAUUUUCAAUGCUGACAUGGAGUUGUGGAAGAUCCAGAGGAAAAACACCAGGUUCUUGAUCAAUCACCAGAGGUUUCACAAGUUCUUGAUCAAGACAAGCCGCGAAAAAGUCGACAAAGGGCUGAUUCCCGUCCUUGAUCACUUGUGUGAAACAGGGGAAACGGUGGACAUACAGGAUUUGUUUCAGAGGUUCACAUUUGAUACAACUUGUAAAUUGGUCACCGGAUAUGAUCCUGGAUGUGUGUCUAUCGAAUUACCUGAUGUUCCGUUCGCGAGGGCGAUGGAUGCUGCCGAAGAAGCCAUAGCUGCGAGGCAUCUUAUGCCUGAGGCUUUAUGGAAGUUACUCAGGCUGCUAAAACUUGGAGAAGAGAGGAAAUAUAGUCAGGCUUGGAAAACCUUGGAUCGCGUCGUCAGCGAGUACAUUUCGAAGAAGCGAGAAGAGCUGAUGAAGAGUGAAAAAUCAGGGAAUGAUGAUCAAGAUGGAGGCAUUUCUUCUUCUAUUUCGACACCAGAAGAGCAAUCUAGUAUACACUUGUUAAUUAUCAAAGACGUUGCAAAAGGAGAAAAAGUAGUAAUACGUCAUAAGCAGUCAACAGAUAGUUAA